AUGACAUCUGGAAGUACCAGCGGAAUAGCCAGCGGCCUCUCCAGUUCCAAUGUCUCAUUUCGCUCACAAGGCAUCCCCAGCCUCUCCAGUCUAGACUCCCUUGGCCAGGAGGGGGACUGCAACCUACUGGGCAGUGUAGAAGACAAUCUCACGCCCGACAGUCUCAGUGCAGACUGGUAUUUUUGGGCGGCGAUGAGCAAGGAUAAGUUUAUGGUAGGAACUGAUUGCCCGAACAACACACAAUAUACUCCUUCGGAUGUCCUAGCCAGUACUGGGUUUUCCCACUCACUGAGCCUGCGGAACCCCGAUACGGCCGAGGCAAAGACCGAAAGUAAGCAAAUAUCAUAA